AUGGACAAAGAGUACUAUCGUCUUGAGGCGGACAGCCAAAGCACUGAUGAUGAGUCACUAGGCCAUGAGAGAUACCAGCCAAGAAGGCCAUCCCCUUUGCACUGGUUGAUGCAUGGGCUUUCUGUUCUUGUGAUUUUCACUCUUGUGAUCCAUGUCUAUUUCGAAAGAGGUGCAAACACCUCACGAGAAGACAAGGCCUCCAGGCACUACUCACCUCUAUGGGACGUCGUGAAGUACUCAGAAAGAGUUUAUGAUCAUGUUCUCAUAGACAUGAAUGAGUCUCCAUCGCCGUUCAAAGGCAAACCACGACCAGAGCUCGACGCUGCCUGGGCUGGAAUCAUGAAUCAGAGCUUAAUUCUCAUCACUGAAGAUGAAAUGAAGCGCAUCAACCAACCCAUCGAAAAUGCGUAUGGGCAUGACGGCAAGUACUUUGCCUUUGUCGAAGUCUUCCAUCAACUGCACUGCCUGAAUCUUGUCCGCAAGUUCAUCCAUCGCGAAAGCUACCCAGACUAUACCUCUUUUCACGAUGAUCCAGGCAUGGUAGACUACCAUGUCGACCACUGCCUCGACGUCCUCCGACAGAAGAUCAUGUGUGACAGUGACAUUGACUUGAUCGUAUACAACGAUCGCUCCCGUCAGAAAUUGGCACCCGAGCCACGCUUUGAUAUUCAGCAUACCUGCCGGAACUUUGAAGACAUUCGGCAGUGGACCUUGGCUCAUGGAGUUCAGAGUGAAUUGUAG